UUCUCAAAGAUUUCCCAGUUAGCGACUGGCGGACAGUAAAGAUGGCGACGGAGCUUACAGUGUGUACGAGUUCCCGGAGAAGAUGACGACGAAAAGAUUAGUAACUUUCGAGCCGCGGCGUUGACAGUGCUCCCUUUAAAGCCCUUGCGACAGAGGCUCGCGAACUUGCUGACUUUGGCGGUAGUUAAACAAACCUAACGGACACAACCGGCGCGCGGACAUAUCGUUGCUUUUGCCAUGGAGGAUAUCAACUCAAACAUAAACGCGGACUUGGAGGUGCGGAAGCUUCAAGACUUGGUGAAGAAACUCGAGCAGCAGAACGAGCAGCUCCGGAGCCGAUCCAGUCUGCUCUCCACCCCCUCUUCCGGUGGGUUGUCGGGGAACACCAGACCCGUGAGCGCCGGGUAUGAUUCUCCGGGAGCGGCGGCAGCGGGGCUCGCCGGGUUCACUGGGGUGGGGUUCGGUGGAUCGAGGGGUUUCGGUGGGGUUUUGGAUAUCUCCCGGCUGAGCCCCAGACGAUCAUAUCACGGCAGCAGUUACGGUGGAGGUUAUGACAGUGACAGUGCUUCUUGUGCCGCCUCGAACACGAGUCUCGCGUCUUAUUACGAUUCGCUGGAUUUUAUCGAAGACGGAGAAACUUCAGUGCUGGACGAGGUGGAGAUUCUCGAUUUGGAGGACAUGGAUUGCCUGAACGAAGAGGAAGACAGCUGGUUGUAUGAGGCAAAACUGAACAGUCCUUUGCAGAAAGCCUUGAGUCCUAUUGUGUGGUGCAGACAGGCUCUGGAUAACCCCAGUCCUGAUAUGGAGUCUGCCAAACGCUCUCUCUUACAUAGACUUGACCUUACCAUGUCAGCAAACAAGCGGAGGAGUCUAUAUAACAGUUCUUACAGUCCUCAAGUGGGCUACGGAAGCCCGUACAGCACAAAUACGGCAAACAGUCCUUACAGCAGUGGCUUCAACUCCCCGUCCUCCACUCCAUCUAGAGUGCCUAUAGUCAAGCAGCUCGUUCUGCCUGGCAGCGCAGGUCACCAGCGUGGAUCAACUGACAGAAAUGCACAGGCAGUGAGCCCACAGUCAUCAGUAGACAGUGAGUUAAGCACAUCAGAGAUGGACGAAGACUCUGUCGGGUCAUCGACCACAUAUAAACUCAAUGACGUCACAGAUGUGCAGAUACUCGCCCGCAUGCAGGAAGAGAGUUUAAGGCAAGAAUAUGCUGCUACAGCGUCACGUCGUAGUUCUGGUUCAUCGUGUCAGUCGUUGCGACGAGGAACACUGAGUGACCAGGAGUUGGAUGCACAGAGCCUGGACGAUGAUGAGGAGGCGGUCCACCAUUCCUACCACACACCCGUCAACCGCUUCAGCCCCUCACCUCGGCACUCGCCCCGCGUCUCCCCCAGGAACUCGCCUCGAUCCCGCUCGCCCGCCCGCUCUUUAGAGUACAGCCGUGGAGCUCCCCAACCAAUCAUGAGCCGCCUACAGCAGCCCCGGCACUCUCUCCAAGGCCACGAUACGCAGACCAAUGCCAUUAAGAAUGAAGAAAAGCUGAGACGGAGUCUACCUAACCUCACACGAUCCAGCUCUGGGCCGACUGCAGAGCCUGUCAAAAACAGCAGGAGCUGUGAGUCAAACUUGCAAGUGCCAAACGGAGGGUCACCCAGACAUCAGAGUCAGUCUGCCACGUCACACCAAAGGCUCUCCGCACCUGCUCGCUCCUCCCCAAAACCAAAAGAGAGACUGCAGAGCCCUACGUCUCUACGAGUUCCUCUCUCGUGUUGCUUUGGAGAGGAAACAGAUUUCAUGCCCUCUUCCAGUAAGUUGCGGACUCCUGCUGCUCCAUCUCCCCUGGCUCUCCGUCAGCCCAUGAAGGUUAUGUCUAAUCAUGGUUCAGGCACAACCACGCCCACACGCUCUAUUGCCCCACCCCGCAGCGGCCUGCCCCGCCCCGCCACCAAUGCAGGAGGAGGUUUACCAGUGCCUCGCAGCAAACUGGUCCAGCCUGUGCGCAGGUCUCUGCCAGCUCCAAGGACAUACAGCGGUAUCAGAGAUGAGAGCUGGAGAGAGGGCUGCUACUGAGCCCGCCCUGAACCAGCAGCACAAACGGGCUUUCAGUUCAACCUGGCACUUUAUAGAGAUACGUCUUUAACCCCCACAAAUAAAGAGACACAAUCUUCCAAACAAAUUAUUCUGUCCUAUUUCAGUUGAUAUUGCAGAGCUCUCAUCCCAGCAGGAUAGAUGUGGAAGGCAGGCUGGAUGCCACAGAAUGCCAAAAGAAAAAAAAAAAAAAAAAAAAACAGACUGGGAUUUGCCUUCACCUACCAAACAGCACCUGUACUGCAAAUGGCUCCAAAUCCACAAUCAUGCUUGCAAGUCCCCCCAAAACCCACGCUGAACUGUAACAACAAUAGUGGGCAUCCCUUGUGAGCACAUAUAGAUUUUGGCUCAAGUUGGAAAGGUUCAUAUGGUGACACAGAGUCCACAUGGCAAUUGCAUUCAGCCAGAAUGUCUUUCAUAUCUAUGUGACCUCUUAUUUAUUUGAAAUCAUUAUUUAAAAUAUUUCUUUCAAAGAGUAUUCAUACAGUAUUUGGUCUUUAUGAAUAUAUAUAUGUUUACUGAUCUUUAUUUUUGGGCUUUUUAUUUCUGAAUGUCAUUGUUAAACCUCAACUGCAAAGCUAUGUUUCCAAAGCAUUUUAAAUGUUUGAAUAAUGGACACAUACAGAGUCUCUGAACAAACGUAUUUAGUUUGAGCCCUCAGAUACACAGCAGGAUUAAACAGUCAAGGAUCAAUGAGAAGUUCAAAUUUCAAGUCAAAUUUCAUGAAUUGUGUUUGUAUGUCCUAACUUGAAAUUGGGAAGUUCAUUGAAUAUAAACGCCUGAGACUAAUUUCAUAAGGUGAACUGUUGUAUUGUCAAACGUUGUUCAUCGAUUGAUGUCCCAGUGAUGAUGUCUCAGUGGCAGGGGUCAUAAAAAGAUGUGGUUGUGUGGGUGAAGUGUAGUGCUUAUGUACUAUUAAUUUUGGGAAAUUCCUAGUCAUGUUAUUUGUCGUCAUUCUCAGAGUGAAAUAAUUGAGGCCAAGAAUUAAAAUGGCGCUGAAUGGGAGUGCCACUUGAACCGAUGGACAUGCACACUAGCAUAUUAUAGAGACUGCGCAAGUUUGUUUUUUUGAAAAUGAGUGCCUAUAAUUUAUGAAAUUCUGUGAUUGCUACAAAAAUUAUUUUUUAUUUUUUGCUUUGUGCCAAUUGCUUUAUUUCGCCAAUAUUAUUUACUUCAGGGUUCUUUGCAUUUCUUGCUCAAGUUUUGUUUGAUUUUUGUAAUUGCUUUGAUAACAUUUAUAUUUGCUUUUUUGUAACAAA